UGUGCCGUCUAACCCGGAAGCUUUACCGAAUAGUUGGCUUCUGAAAAAGACAUGGCAGCCUGCUUUGUGUUAGCCAUUCAAUAUAGGCUUUAGUCUUCCUUUAUUCUGAAUAAUAUUUGUAGAAAAUAAAUACCAGUUUAUAUGAUUUGCGCACAAGACUUUUCUUAACUAUGAUGUCGACGGCCGUUUGUGUUUUUUUACUCUACAAUAAGAAGGAAUAGUCAGUUAGUCGUCGUUUUAUCGUUUGCGUUUGUCAUACAUUGUUGCUAGCUAGCUUUGCUGCUAUUGAAAAGGGAAGGGAUUAGCUAGCUAGUUAGCUGUAUUAUACUGAGCCUCAAUGCCCGAGCAAGGCCCUAGGAUGAAUGGUUUCUCCAUCGGCGAGCUAUGUUGGCUAUUUUGUUGCCCGCCCUGCCCUAGUCGCAUCGCCGCUAAGCUCGCCUUUCUCCCACCGGAGCCCACAUACACGGUGCAGAACCAUACAGACGGGACCUGUAGCCUUCAUUUGAACGAGCGUGCAGACUGGCAGUACUCUCAGCGUGAACUGGAUGCGGUCGAGGUGUUUUAUACCAGAACAAGCCGAGGGAAUCGUGUCGGGUGCAUGUUUGUGCGCUGCGCCCCAAACAGCCGGUAUACCUUGUUGUUUUCCCACGGGAAUGCAGUGGACCUAGGCCAGAUGUGCAGCUUCUACAUCGGUCUGGGCUCUAGGAUCAACUGCAACGUCUUCUCUUACGAUUAUUCGGGUUACGGGGUCAGCACCGGGAAACCAUCGGAAAAGAAUCUGUAUGCUGAUAUUGAAGCAGCCUGGCAAGUCCUUAGGACGAAGUACGGCGUGACGCCGGAGAACGUGAUCCUGUACGGGCAGAGCAUCGGCACGGUGCCCACGGUGGACCUGGCGGCCCGCUACGAGUGCGCCGCCGUCAUCCUGCACUCCCCCCUCAUGUCUGGCCUCAGGGUGGCCUUUCCAGACACCAGGAAAACCUACUGCUUCGACGCCUUCCCCAGUAUCGACAAGGUGUCCAAGGUGGCGUCGCCGGUGCUGGUGAUCCACGGGACGGAGGACGAGGUGAUCGACUUCUCCCACGGCCUGGCCAUGUACGAGCGCUGCCCCCGCCCCGUGGAGCCGCUGUGGGUGGAGGGCGCCGGGCACAACGACAUCGAGCUCUACGCCCAGUACCUGGAGAGGCUAAAGCAGUUCAUCUCCCUCGAGCUGCCCAACUCCUGAAGCGGGCGCUCGGACCCAGGGACGAGGGAGAGGUCGUGACGGAGGAAAGGCCAAGGAGCACGUAUGUGGGACAGGUCCCCUUUGAUCCGGAGCCGGGGGACCUAACCCCUAUUUGCACUUUGCUUUUGAAUCUAGAUUCUUCUCAGCCUACGUGUCUAUGAUAUUGUUACCGACCGCGAUGUAAGCCAAAACCACGGCUCGGGGAGGACCUAGGGGUUUUAAAUGUGAUUGCAUUCUUUUGUACUUGAUGACAAAAAUGUUUUUGCACCUCAGAUAAUUAUUAGGUUUUUUUUUUUGUUGUUGUUGUCGUCGUCUUUUGUUUGUAUUGUUUUAUUUUGCUGGUUCAGGUCCUUGAAGGUAAUUAAAACGACUUGAAUUUCUGGUGCGGUUGUUUGGAAGUAAUCACUAUUUUUAUGUUCUGUUGUUAAUGAACCUUUUUUUUUUGUUAUUGCUGUCGUUUGGUUUGUACAUUUUGAUUAUCCUUUUUUUGCAUUCCACGAUCUGAACUGUGGAGUCUUAUCAGGCCAGUGCUUCUGGUGGAACCGCAAACCACUCUAACCCAGGCAGGUUACAGACCCAGGGAACACUCCUUAAUGUACAAAGCCCUUACCUGUCAUAUUGUAUACUGUAAAAUGUUGUGCUUUUAGUACAUUUCCACAUAAUUAAUUUAACACUAAAAUGUACUGUACAGGACAUGUUACGGGAAAUGAGGAACGGAAUGAUUUUUUUGGAGCAUGGUGCUUUUCUGUGUUUUGAAGUGAGUAGAGUUAGAGUCCCUGCAUAUAUGCGUCUGCCCAGAUGGUCUCAUCAAGCAGUGACAGGGGGGAAGGGAGGGGAACCUAAACAAUGUGUAAAUUUAUGCUUUAAAGUUAAAUACAGACACUACGGGAAAAGGCCUUACGUCUUUUUGAUACCUUGUUGCGACAUUCCUUUCAGGUGUAGAAGGCGUGGAAUCGCCACGGUUCACGAAGGUGCUGCGAGCCGCUGCUCUUUUGUUAGCAAAAAAAAAAAAUCACUGUGAAUCUGAACUGGAUCGUACUGUUGCUAGAACAUUGAACUGCAUUUCAUCGCUACAUGGGAUACAGGCCUGUCAAACCGGGACAUUUCUCACCUGCUUUUUUGAUAGAUCUCUGCAGCCAAUGGGUAUUUGCUCUCGCCCCGACAAAUUCAUUUCAUUUUCUGUCACCGCGUACCGCAAACAGUCGUGUCCUUAUCUGAGAAGAUAUCCCCCUUACCGUUUUAUCCGAAGCGAGAAAAUAUGCAAUUGAUUGGAGUUUUGCGCAUACAGUAAAAUAAAUUUAUGAAAAAUAUUCAUGCUUGAUGCCAAAUUUAAUUUGUUUUCCCCAUUAUAUUGAAAUAUAUUUAAGGAGGCUUAUUGUGAAAAUUGCACCUGUAGUACAGCUACAUACAAUAAGAUUUCCUUGCAUAAAAAUGUUUCACCAUCUAAAAUCAUCAUUUUCUGUAUUAAUAUGUUUUAACCAGAUUUGUUCAAUGGUGAUUCAGUUAAUGACAUAUCUUUCUGAAAAAUGUUGGGGCCGGUGUAAAGGCUUGUCGCUGCAGCAUUAAUUUCAUUUGAAGGAUUUUGCAAUAUAUCCAGCAGCUUUUUCCAUUCACGGUGUUGCAGUACGGAGACGUCGGGAGACAUUCCUCGUAGCAUUAAUGAAUGGCUUUUCUUUUUCAGGGUCUGUCCUCCUUUUCUGAAAACUGUAGAAUUCCUGGCCCUUGUUUUUGGAACAAAAGGGCUCCUCUCUGGUGUUUGUAGCUUAAACUAUAAAUUUUUUUUUCUUUUUUUUUAAUUUUU